CUCAUUCAUCCCCCCUAUCCUUCACCUUAGUCUUCCCACAAUGAAGUUCCUCAGCUGGAUGCAAAAUAAACUUGGUGGAAAACAAGACAACAGAAAACCAAAUACACAUACUACUACUACAUAUCAUGCAAAACAAGAGCCUCGAGAAGAAUUCAGUGAUUGGCCUCAUGGUUUACUGGCAAUUGGAACAUUUGGAAAUAACAAUGAAAUUAAAGAAAACUUAGAUAACCAAAAUACACAAGAGGAUCCAUCCUCAUCGGAGGAAAUAGCAGACUUCACUCCUGAAGAAAUUGGGAAGCUACAAAAGGAGUUAACAAAACUUCUAAGACGAAAACCAAACGUGGAAAAGGAAAUUUCUGAGCUUCCUCUUGACAGAUUUCUUAAUUGCCCUUCAAGCUUAGAGGUUGAUAGGAGGAUCAGCAAUGCACUUUGCAGUGAAUCAGAUGAUAAAGAAGAAGAUCUUGAGAAAACACUUAGUGUCAUACUUGAUAAAUGCAAAGACAUUUGUACAGAUAACAGAAAGAAAGCAAUUGGAAAGAAAUCUCUUUCUUUCCUUCUGAAGAAGAUAUUUGUUUGUAGAAGUGGAUUUGCUCCAACACCUAGCCUUAGAGAUACCCUUCAAGAGUCAAGAAUGGAGAAGCUUUUGAGGACAAUUCUUCACAAGAAAAUAUGCACCCAAAAUUCUUCUCGUGCAUCUUUGAUGAAGAAGUGCAUAGAAGACAAGAGAAUAACAAGAAAGAGGAAUGGGGAUGAAUCAGAAGAGAGAACUGAUGAUGGCUGUAAAUGGGUCAAGACUGAUUCUGAAUAUAUUGUUCUAGAGAUAUAAAUUGCCCUAUAUUUUUACUAGCCCUUUUAGCAAAUAAUCAGGUUCAAGCAAGAAGUCACAAGAUAAUAUAUGUACAUGAUAUUGGAGGGUAGGGAGUGGAGCUCACAUUUUUUGAAAUGAAGUUUAUCCAUGAUAUGUACCAAGAAAUGAGUGGUGCAUACUUCAGAGCAGUAUCUUUGUUUUAUUAACGGUUCUUUCCGUUAUUUUUUUCAUGGUUGUGUCUGCGGAUUGCGGAGCAAUUCAUGUUGUGGAAAUCUCACAAUGGUUUAAGAUUUCUGAUCUGUAAUGACAAAGAUAUUCUGUACACUCUU